CCAUAUUUAAUACAGCAGAUGCUAGUCGACGUUAGCUGUUUACAAACCCAAACUUUUGACCUGAGACACAAACCAAAAUCAACCCACCAAAACAAUCGAAAAUGAAUGCAAUAGAUCAUGUUCGGGAAAUGGCCGCCGCUGGUCUUCAUUCUAAUGUCCGGAUAUUGAGCAGUUUGUUGCUGACGAUGAGUAAUAACAAUCCGGAGCUGUUCUCUCCAGCCCAGAAGUACCAGCUGUUGGUUUACCACGCUGAUGCCAUCUUUCACGAUAAGGAAUAUCGAAAUGCUGCCUGCAAGUACAGUAUGGCCCUGCAGCAGAAGAAGGUGCUCAGCAAAACAUCUAAAGUGCGUACUUCUGCUGGUGGAGCCACAUCUAACAUACAGGCACAGAGUUUGCCAUCAGAAAUUGAGGUAAAGUACAAGAUAGCUGAAUGCUACACCAUUUUGAAGUUGGAUAAAGAUGCCAUCGCGGUGCUCGAUGGGAUCCCAUCCAGACAAAGGACUCCUAAGAUCAACAUGAUGCUAGCUAACCUGUACAGGAAAGCUGGUCAGGAACGUUCUGCUGUGACGAGCUACAAAGAGGUGCUCAGACAGUGUCCCCUUGCCUUGGAUGCAAUAAUUGGCCUUCUCUCUCUGUCAGUUAAAGGAGCCGAAGUGGCAUCAAUGACUAUGGAUGUGAUUCAGAGCAUCCCCAACCUCGACUGGCUCUCUGUGUGGAUCAAAGCGUACGCCUUCAUACAUGCGGGGGACAACCAGAGAGCUAUUAACACCAUUUGCUCUCUGGAGAAGAAAUCUCUCUUGCGGGACAACGUGGACCUCCUGGUGAGCCUGGCAGAUGUCUAUUUCAGGGCAGGUGAUACCAAAAAUGCCAUUCUCAAAUUUGAGCAAGCCCAGAUGUUGGACCCAUACCUCAUCAAAGGAAUGGAUGUGUAUGGCUACCUGAUGGCUCGUGAGGGACACCUGGAGGAUGUAGAAGUCCUGGGAGGACGGCUAUUUAAUAUAUCGGACCAGCACGCUGAACCCUGGGUGAUCUCUGGUUGUCAUAGCUUUUAUAGCAAGCGGUACUCCAGGGCCCUGUAUCUUGGGGCCAAAGCCAUCCAGCUGAACAGCAACAGUGUGCAGGCUCUCCUCCUGAAGGGGGCAGCACUGAGAAACAUGGGUAGAGUCCAGGAAGCCAUCAUCCAUUUCAGAGAGGCCAUGCGCUUGGCGCCCUGCCGUCUCGACUGCUAUGAAGGUCUGAUCGACUGUUACCUGGCAUCUAAUGGGAUUCGAGAGGCCAUGGGGAUGGCAAACAACAUCUAUAAGACCCUGGGGGCCAAUGCGCAGACUCUGACUAUACUUGCUACAGUGUGUCUGGAGGAUCCUGUUACUCAAGAGAAAGCCAAAACACUGCUGGACAAAGCUCUGGCCCAGAGACCUGACUACACCAAGGCUGUGGUUAAAAAGGCUGAACUGCUCAGCCGGGAACAGAAACAUGAGGAAGGGAUAGCUCUGCUGCGCAACGCCUUGGCCAAUCAAAGUGACUGUGUGCUGCACAGAAUGCUGGGAGACUUCCUGGUGGCUGUCAACGAUUUCCAGGAGGCCAUGGACCAAUACAGCAUAGCCUUAAGUUUGGACCCCAACGACCAGAAGUCUUUAGAAGGAAUGCAGAAGAUGGAGAAGGAGGAGAGUCCCACAGACGCCACCGUAGAGCUGGAUGGAGACGACAUGGAGGGAAGCGGAGAGGACGGAGAUCUGGAGGGCAGUGACAGUGAAGCAGCCCAGUGGGCUGAUCAGGAACAGUGGUUUGGUAUGCAGUGACCCCGAGUCACUUCCAGGGUGCUCGGUCAUUAACGCCUUCUAACACACCGCAGCCUGUGGGAAGCCUUCAGCCAUCAGGGUCGUCUAACGGCUUCUGAAGGCUGUGCUGCUCCAUAUAUGAGGUUAACACCAAGUGACUAAAAGAUGUUGCAGCUUUGACGUGGAACUCAAGAUUAAUGGCUGCACCCUGGGAUGAAGGAAGCCAUUUUAUUGAAAUGCUGCCAUUUUUGACCUGAUGCCUGUUUAUUUUGACUUCAGGGCCACUUCCUUGUAUACACAGCUGCUCUCAUAUAACACCUGAAGCUCAUUCUGUAGUGGGAGAUUUUGGGAAAAAUAACACUUGUCUGCUUCCAGGCAGUGAGAAACUCAACUUAACCUUAAACGGAGUAUUUAGAGUGAGCAUUUAAAAUGAGCUUUGGGCUCUUUACUGAGGUGAAUGCAAAUAAAUAAGCACUGAAGCAGCUGAACAUCAUCACCUGUGGCCAGGCUGGCUCACAGGUUGAUGUCUCUGUCCUCAAAGUGUCACAGUAAAGGUGAGUAUUGCAGGAACUUUACCUUUUAAAGUGUUACUGAGUGUCUAAACAUGCUCCAUAUUUCUGCAGCUUCAUAAAAUGUAUCAACUUAUUUGUGUCUUUAUUUUGUGUUUGUUGCAUCUGCCUUUCUAUGUAUAAAAAAAACAAAUGUGUGUCCAUUUCAAGAUAAAUGUUUAUAGUAUUUUGUACAUAUUUUUCAAAUGUAAAUAAAAGCUACUAAACACUCUCA